AGCGCGCUUUGUUCCCCCUCCCCUCGGCGUGUCUUGUUCCCCCACCAUUUUGUGCCGUGAUCGCAAGGUUCGCUGCUGGGUUGUGCCGCGCGCGCGUUCGGGCUCGAGGCGACACAGCGAAGGGGCCUUGAUGGCGGAGAGUCAAUCAGCGGCCGGACUGGGGGAUUUCACAUCCCUUGGCGGGGCCGCGGCUUUCGGUUCGGAACCUGAAACCCGGCGGCUGAGCGAGCUGCGAGUCAUCGACCUGCGGGCCGAGCUCAAGCGGCGUAACCUGGACAGCGGCGGCAACAAGAGCGUGCUGAUGGAGCGGCUGAGGAAGGCCAUUGAGGAGGAAGGAGGAGAUCCUGACGAAAUUCCCGUGGCCUCAGAGCUGACCACCAAAAGAAUGCCAAAAAGAACUAGUAAAGGAAGAAAACCAGAAGAAGAAGGUGUGGAAGACAAUGGUCUAGAAGAAAACUCUAGAGAUGGACAGGAGGAUAUUGAAGCAAAUCUGGAUACCUUGCAGGAUAUCGACAUGAUGGAUAUCAGUGUAUUAGAUGAAGCUGAAAUAGAUAACAGCAGUGCUGUGGACUGUGGAGAAGAUUAUAGUUCUGACAAUAUUCUCGAUUCUCUGUCUGAUAAUAAAGAUAAUGUUGAAGCAGAAAUGAAAGAGCUUCCUGAUCAGCUAACAGAAAAUGAGGAAGAUUAUGAUGAAAUUGAAAACAGUUUAGAAGCCACCUCUUCUGAUUUAAUUGAAAUGAAGAAAAUGGAGAAGCUACACUUGGAGCCAGAAAAUGAGAAAAUACUCGACAUUUUGGGGGAAACUUGUAAAUCUGAGCUACUUAACGAAGAAGGUGCGGAAGCGGAGCGGCCGCGCGCGCAGGAAGCCAGUAACGCGGGGCCAGGCAAGAGGCUGGCUGAGGAAGAGGACGCUCUUGCUGCGGCUCAGUUGGAGGAAGAUGCUUUAGCUUUGGACAGCAAAUCGGCCCAAGCUUUGGCAAGGAAGGAAGCAAAGCGUUUAGUGGUAGCAAAAGGGGAGACAAGUGAACAGAGCCCCGAGGAAGAGGCCCCGGACUCUGAAGGUGUAGUGGUAGAGAGCGUAAGCGAUCAGAGUAGCAAACGCUGCCAAGGCCUGGAAGCCUCUAGUGGGGAGACAGCGGAGAAAGGCGCAGGUGCCGAAGCCAGAGAUAGCAAAGAAGAUGGCAAGAGAGCAGAAGACAAAGCUAAUUCAGAGGAAUCUUCCCCUGCCACUAAAGAGUCCUCAGCCAGUGAGGGCGGUGAUCAGAAAAAGAGCCCUGUUGAGGAGGACAGAGAUACAAAGAUAAUCUCAAAAGAUGAGAAAGGUCGCAGUGCCAGCGGUUCUGGUAGAAACUUUUGGGUGAGUGGAUUGGCUUCCACCACCAGAGCUACAGAUCUGAAGAAUCUGUUUAGCAAAUAUGGGAAGGUGGUGGGUGCCAAGGUGGUCACCAACGCUCGCAGUCCCGGCGCUCGCUGCUACGGCUUCGUUACGAUGUCCACAGCUGAGGAGGCCACCAAGUGCAUCACUCACCUGCACAAAACAGAGCUGCAUGGCAAGAUCAUUUCAGUGGAAAAAGCCAAAAAUGAACCCGCUGGGAAGAAGACAAGUGAAAAAAAAGAGAGUGAAGCAAAGAGAGAAACAGUCAGUGAGAGACCUGGUGCUAAAAGGGACGAGAAAUCUGACCAAAAAGAUGAUUCUAAAAAGACAGAAGACAAAGAUGAAAAGGAGAAAAARGAUAAAGAUGACCAGAAGUCUGGUUCAUCAGAUCAACCUAAAACUAUUAAAUCAGGAAGUAAAGGAACAGAGAGAACAGUAGUCAUGGAUAAAUCMAAAGGAGAACCUGUUAUUAGUGUGAAAACAUCCACUACAUCAAAAGACAGAAGUGUUAAGAGCCAGGACCGCAAAUCAGAGAGCAGAGAGAGACAAGGGAUUGUCCCCUUUGACAAAAUCAAAGCACAGCGAAAAAUGAGGGAGGCAGAGCAGCGCCGGGAACGGCAGCGCCUGGAACGGGAACGGAUGGAGAGGGAGAGGCUGGAAAGGGAACGGAUGCACAUCGAGCACGAGAGGAGGAGGGAGCAGGACCGGAUCCAGCGGGAGAGGGAGGAGCUGCGGCGCCAGCACGAGCAGCUGCGCUACGAGCAGGAGAGGCGCUCUGCCAUGAGGAGACCCUAUGACAUAGAUGGCAGGAGGGAUGAUCCUUACUGGCCAGAGGCAAAACGAAUGGCCAUGAAUGACAGGUACCACUCAGAYUUCAGUCGCCAGGAUCGCUUCCAUGACUUUGAUCACAGGGAUCGUGGGCGUUACCAGGAGCAUUCAAUAGACAGGAGAGAUGGCUCCAGGACAAUUAUGGGAGAUCGGGAUGGACAGCAUUACCCAGACGAGCGCCACGGAGGCCCCGACCGGCACUCGCGGGACUCACGGGAGAGCUGGGGGAGCUACGGAUCUGACAGAAGGAUGAGUGAAAGCAGAGGGAUCCCCCCACAGUCACGGGAUGGACGUGACUGGGGAGAUCACAGUCGRAAGUUUGAAGGGCACCAAGAUCGUUCUUGGCAGAGCAGCGUGGAUGGAGGGAUGAUAGGACGGGAUCACGAGAGAUGGCAAGGUGGCGGAAGAGGCAGACCUGGCCAUGUGAUGCAUCGUGGCGGCAUGUCGGGGCGUGGCAGYUUUAUGCAGGGGGGCAAUCAGAGUCAGAUCAUGCACGGAGGAGGAAUGCAAGGAGAAGGAUUUGCUGGCCAGGAAAGAGCAAACAGACCGAAUGAUCCUCGUUUCAACCGUCGCUACUGAUUGUGUUUGGUUUUUAAUGCAARGUGGCAAGUCAAAUCUGUUACCCAGGGUUACCAUUAAUUGUAACUUAUGGGCUACUGUAAGUGUAAUUUUUUUUAAGCUGCUGCCAUAUGAUGUCACUCAAUCCAAUGUGAAACUCAUUUGUUUUGUAAGGUGUUGUUCAUAUCCCAUUUAAAAAUGUUUGUUAAUGAAGCAUUCCAUUUUCCAUAAAUAAACGCCAGUUUCCAGUUAA